AUGUCCAUUCUUAAACUCACUCGCCAACCACAACUAUCUGACGCCAGCCCACGAGACGGCAACAAUAUCACUCGGGACAGACUCAAAGCAGCUCUCAUUGUCUCGGGAAACUGCACUCAUCUCUUUGCAGACGUCCUGACCAGCGUCGUCAAAUCCGUCACCCGUGCAGACGGCACCUUCACAUUGGUCGAUCUUCGUCGCCACAAUGCCGUGGAGCACGAUGCCUCUUUCACCCGUCUAGAUGCCCGCCAAGGCGAUAACUACACCUUUCAACCAGCAAUGUUCCGUGCCUUCCUCGCCGAUGCUCAGGAUGGACCGAUAACAGCUCAAAGCAUUGCGCGAACACGAGUCCGCCGGGACAAAGAGGAGAAGCUCGCUGGCCAUGGAGCCGGCGUGACCUUUCUUGGCAGUCCGAAGCUGUGGGUGACGAUGUGGAGUCAGACGUGUAUUCUGCUUCAGACUUUUGGCCCGACUAUUAGUGUUGAGGAUAUCACGAUGUUGUAUACCGAGGAGAAGUUGCCUGAGUGGUGGCUAAAGGGUACUAAGCAGAUGACUUUCUUGGGGCAGUUGGGAGAUAUUGGGAAUGUGUUCUGGAAGCAUCUGUUUGUUAAGGUGGAUGAGAAGGCUUUGAAGGAUCCUUUGAAGGGGUGGUGA